CGUAAACAAUGGCGGCCGUAACCUCCCAGAGGCCGUAUCACAUUAUUAUUUUCGGUGCCACGGGGUUCGCGGGGCAGUUUGUUGUGGAAGAAGUGGCCCGAUGCGCCGCGGAGAGACCCGGGGGCAGCCCUCUGAUCUGGGCCGUGGCCGGGAGAAGCAGACAGCGUCUGGAAGGAGUGUUGGAACAAGCCGCGGGGAGGCUGGCUAUGCCUGAGUUGAGGACAGACAUCGAGAUCAUUGUUGCUGAUGUGUCUAUUGAAGAAUCACUGGCCGUCAUGUGCCAACAAGGUGUGAUCAUUCUCAACUGUGUGGGACCAUACAGAUUUUAUGGUGAACCAGUGGUCAAAGCUUGCAUAGAAAAUGGAGCUCACUGUAUAGACAUCUGUGGGGAGCCUCAGUUCCUAGAACGUAUGCAGCUGGAGUAUCACACUAAGGCUUUAGACAGAGGAGUUUAUGUGAUUGGCAGCUGUGGCUUCGACUCUAUACCGGCAGACCUGGGUAUUCUCUACACACAGAGGCAGUUCAAAGGAACACUGACAGCUGUGGAGAGCUUCCUGAAGCUUAGCAGUGGGCCUGAGGAGUUCUCUGGUCAUGACGCCACUUGGCAGUCUGCUGUGUAUGGCUUCGCAGACAGUGGCUCGCUCCACCAGCUGAGGAAGAAGUUUGGCCACAGGCCGCUGCCUGUGGUGGGAGCCAAAGUCAAGAAAAGGGGUUUUGUGUUUUUCAGCAAGGAGAUUGAGCAGUACGCCAUCCCGUUUAUGGGCUCCGACCCCUCAGUAGUCAAGAGAACCCAGCGUUUCCUUUAUGAGGAGGAACACCAGUCACCAGUCCAGUACAGUGCCUACGUUGGGGUUGGUGGCCUCUUCUCCAUAGUCAAGCUUUUCUGUGGUGGCCUACUCUUCUGGUUCAUGGUCAAAUUUGGCCUUGGCAGGAAACUCCUCACCACGUUUCCAAGGUUCUUCUCCUUUGGCUUGUUUAGCAAGGCUGGUCCAACCAUGAAGCAGAUUGAAGACACCUGUUUCAGCCUGACAUUUUUCGGUGAGGGUUACUCAGAGGGCACGGACCCCUCGCAGGGCCGACCCAACGCUAAGAUCUGUACUCAGGUCAUUGGGGCAGAACCUGGUUAUGUAGCCACAGUGUCUGCUGUGGUACAAGCAGCUGUAACCUUGCUGAAUGAACUGCACUCUCUGCCCAGGAGAGGAGGGGUGUACACUCCAGGAGCUGCCUUCUAUAAGACCAGUCUCAUCGACCGCCUCCAUAACCACGGCAUCAAGUUCUCAGUCAGAAGCUAACAGUAGUCCUACCAGUAACCACUGUAAAGGUCACACCACUUUCCAAAUGCAGCUUAUUGUACUACUAUGUUGUUUGUCAGUUUCGUAACAUCAGAGGUACAGUGCAUUGCUGAAGGACUCUUGAAAAAAACACAUGUACACACUGGGGGCCACCUACUGAGGACAGCUGUGCCUUUGCUGAACUCCUUCUCCUAUUUGUUUUCACCUGCAAAGUGAGAGCUUGUGUUUUUGGUCCAGGCAAAUGGAAAUAUAUGUUUUUUUUAACAUUAGAAAGUUUCAUCUCAACACCCUUAGGACCCAGAGCUGAUAACACUAAAUAGUGAGGUAGUUUACUAACUAUGCAUUUAUCAUCUACAGCCAAAACUACAAAAAUUAUAAUAGCCAGAAUGUAAAUUAUUGUUUAGAGUAGAUAUUUUACUGUAUAUCUGUGUAGUUUUGUAUUUGUGAAAUUGUCUUCAAUCAAAAAUGUCAUACUGUGGUGGAAUGCUAUGCAUCUUUAGUUUGUGUUCAGUAUUUGAGAGUGAAAUAUUUGCUCACUUGGUAAAAAUGCAGCUUUAAGACAGAGUCAGCAACAGUCUAAAUGAACAGUAACUACUUACAACAGCACUAUGUCAUAGUAGACUCAAUUUGACCUUAUUCCCUAUAUAAUGGAGAAGUUCUGGCUAAUUGAAUCCUGUUAAUGACACCAAAUUACUGUCAAAAUGUGAGCACUAAAUAAAAGACAAUACAAAGAAACUAUAAAGUACAAGUGACAAAAUACAAGA